AUGGCUUACAUAGGCUUGCUUGAAGUCUUUAUAGCUUUCCUUGUCUAUAUCUUUAUCCAUUUCUUGAUCCACAAGAAAUCCCAUCAAAUCUUACCAAGAAACUGGCCUGUUCUCGGGAUGCUUCCAGGUGUGCUCGUCGUGCUUCAUAGGAUUCAUGACUACGUCGCGGAGGAUCUCGAGGUCUCCAACUUGACUUUUGCAUUCAAAGGCCCAUGGUUCUCUGGAAUGAACAUAUUGAUCACUGCAGAUCCUGCAAACAUUCAACAUGUUUUCAGUACCAACUUCUCCAGUUAUGACAAAGGAUCGGAGUUCAAAGAGAUCUUUGAUUUUCUUGGAGAAGGGAUCUUCACUGCGGACUCGAAACUCUGGGAGGAACUGAGGAAAUCUGCACUGGUCAUGCUUAGCGAACAAGGGCUUCAAAGCUUCUCAUUGAGGACCCUCACGAGUAAAAUCAAGAACGGGCUUGUGCCAGUUCUCGAUCAUUUUGCAGAGGCGAAUGCAGUUUUCGAUUUACAAGGCGUGUUCCAGAGGUUAGCAUUCGAUGUAACCCUUGCUCUGGUAACGGGUUAUGACUCUAAUUCUCUUUCCAUCGAGAUGUCGGAAGAUGAAUAUUCGAAAGCUAUCGAUGAUGCUCAAAAGCUACAAAACUGGAUUGGACUCGGAGAAGAGAAGAAGAUGGUAAAAGCUAAUGUUGCUUUCGACAGAUUAUGUGCAAAGUAUAUAUCCUCAAAGAGAGAGGUAAUACAAAGUUGCCAACACUCCAAUAUUGGAGAAGAAGCUCAUGAUGAGGAUAUAUUAAGCUUCUACAUGAAACUUGAUACUUCCAAGUACGAGAUUAUCAACCCAAAAGACGAUAACUUCCUCAAAGACAUCAUCAAGAGUUUCAUGCUUGCCGGAAGAGACGGCUUUUCCACAAAUCUCACUUGGUUCUUCUGGCUUCUCUCUGAGAACCCUGAAGUUGUGACCAAGAUCCGUCAAGAUAUCAACACAAAUUUACCAAGAUCCGGCAAGAGUUUAGAUCCAGACAAGUGA